AUCACCUCGAAAUGAAAUGAAAGUAAUGUUUUGUUGAUGUGAUAUUUCAUCAUCGGAAAAGCCACAUGCGAGAUUAAAUUUCAUUCGAAAAAAAUAGAAGUAAUUCGUUAAUAGGAUAAGUACAUGUGACUUUAAUCAUUCUGUGCUGUAAAUAAGUUAUUUAAUACACAAAUCAUUUAUCUUUUUAAAAAGGAUUCCUUUUCGUAAUAAGUCAUGGACAAUGAAAGAGCUGUGGAAAAAUUCAAAAACUUAUUGGUUGAUGAUCCCGAUUUAUCACCAGCAGUAGCUGCUUUAAGAGUUUUAAUGGAUUUCAUGAAUGAGGAUACUUCAGAAACAAUUCAAGGAUUAGAGAAGAGUAUUAAAUCUCUAGUUGAAGCCUUAAAUACAGUUGACUUUUCUGUAACGUCUGUAAAAUCAGCUUGUGAACUUUUUAUGAGAUUCAUCACUUUGGCAUCCUUAGAUCACAGUGACAUUAAGGAGUGCAGAAGAGUUUUGUCCCUGAGGGCUGUGAAAUUUCUUCGUAGAGUUUCGAAUGCUCGAGCUAAAAUAGCAAAAAUCGGUGAAAAAUUUAUUUUUGAUGAUCAGGUGAUAUUGAUUCACUCACACUCAAGAGUUGUGUAUCAGACAUUAGUUGAAGCUCAUGCUUCUAAAAAGAGAUUCCAUGUAUAUAUCACAGAAUCAGCUCCAGACUUUUCAGGAAAACUGAUGUAUGAGAAACUUGAAAAGGCUGGUUUAUCAUGCACACUUAUAUUAGAUGCUGCUGUAAGUUAUGUUUUAGAAAAAGUAGAUUUAGUUUUUCUUGGGGCUGAAGGAGUUGCUGAAAGUGGUGGAAUCAUUAAUAAGAUUGGUACUUAUAACAUUGCCAUAUGUGCUAAAGCUAUGCAUAAGCCUGUGUAUGUGUUAGCAGAGAGUUUCAAAUUUCUGCGGAUCUACCCUCUGAAUCAGAGAGACUUACCAAAUGAAUUGAAGCACUUGUCCAGCAAAGUGAAUUCAAAGGAACAUCCUCUAAUAGACUACACUCCUCCAUCAUACAUCACACUGCUGUUUUCAGAUCUGGGAAUUCUAGAUCCUUCUGCAGUCAGUGAUGAGCUCUUUUCACUUUAUGUAUGACCUUAAAGGUGAAAUGAGGGUAAAUUGUAUAUUUAUUGGUAGAAAAAUAAAUGUCUUUUUAUUACUGA